CGCUUUCGGGGAAGUGGGGAGGCUGGGCUGGGACGCGCGGCAGCCUUGGCAAACUGCAAACGUCCCUAGCUGAUCACGGAGGCUCGAAGCUGCGGGAGAGCUCCCGCAGAACAGCAGAUCCUCGCAGCCCCACAGAUCCCGCGUGCAUCCGUCUAGACUUCCUCUACCAACCCCACCACAGAGCAUCCCGCCGCGCAUCGCCCGCCCAAGAGUUGGCCGCUAGGAAAUUGUGGCUCUUGGGUCCGGGAAACCCGAGUCCAGGGAAGCCGGGAGAGCCACGGCGCCAGGGGCGGCCGGGGCGGUGGGAUGAGCUGGAGAGCAGGCUGAGAGCGCGGAGAGGCAGGUUCAGCAGGUUCAGCCACCGCGGGGGACAUGGCAUCCUGGCUCUGGAGAAGGCUUCGUGGCAAGAGGCGGUUGGUGAUGGUGUUCUGUCUCUUGAUGACUCUGUCUGUGGUGGCUGUCACCCGCUUCCCACUGCAGCAUCCAAGUGCUGGCCCAGCCCCUGGUCCUGUGGAGCCCCAGGGGGUAACCAGCAUUCUUGCUCCCAACAGCCGGCAGGCUCUGAGCUCCAGUCGGAGGCAGCAGGCAAGAAACCUAAGGUUCCGAAGAGGCUGGGCUUUCCCUGAGAAUUCCAUCCUGGUGUGUGCUGCGGAGCAAGGCCACGGAGGGAGCAUGGAUAGCAGCAGGCAGUCCCCUGGCAGGGACAGUAGGCGUCCAGGGAGAGUCAGGAGGGAUGUUACUUUGGCACCAUCAGGAGAUUUGAGACUUAGUACCCGGCAUCUUGUGCUCCCAAGGGAGAAUGAGGUCAGGAGUCCAGGAGCCAGAGACCUGGACCCACCCUGGCAUGACAGCCCCCUCCAGGAAGCACAGAAUGAGACAGGCACCUCAGAUGGCCCCCUUGCAGGGCAUGACACAGCAGCAUUUCUGGCUUGGAGAACUACUGCUGGCCUUACCCUCCGGCCCCAUCCAGUGGAAGGCGAGGAUCUGCCAGGAGCGGGGAGCAGAACCUCAACUAGUGGACGACAAACAGGGGGUCCUGCACCGGCCACAGGGGCUCGUUGGUGGCCUGGCUCUGUUGGGGAGCUUCAGGGGUCCAUCUGGUGUGAUGCUGAGCCCCCUGGACUGUUGAGCAGCUCAAGGACAGGUGGGCAGGUCCCCCCAUGGCUCACAGAGCAUGAUGUGCAGACCCUCCAGCUGCUGGCCCAGGGGGAGGUGGUGGGCAAAGCCAGAGUCCCUGGCCAUGGGCAGGUUCUGCAGGUCGGCUUCUCCACUAAGGGUGCCCUUCAGGACGUAUCUCGUAGGCUCAGCCAGCUCUGCUCCCAGGGGCUCUGUGGCCUGAUCAAGAGGCCUGGGGACCUGUUGGAAGUCCUGUCCUUCCACCUGGACCGUGUGCUGGGGCUGCACCGGAGCCUACCCGCUGUGGCCAGGAGCUUCCACAGCCCCCUGCUGCCCUACCGCUUCACAGAUGGUGGCACGAGGCCCGUCAUCUGGUGGGCACCAGAUGUGCAGCACCUGGGUGACCCAGACGAUGACCAGAACUCUCUGGCCUUGGGCUGGCUGCAGUACCAGGCCCUGCUGGCAGAUGGUUGCAGCCGGCCGGGCAAGGCUCCAUGCCUGGAUAUCCCUCACGCCGAGUGGGCACGCCUGGCACUCUUCGACUUCCUGCUGCAGGUCCAUGACCGCUUGGAUCGCUACUGCUGCGGCUUCGAGCCCGAGCCCUCGGACCCCUGUGUAGAAGAGAGGCUCCGAGAGAAAUGCCAGAACCCGAGGGAGCUGCGGCUGGUCCACAUCCUGGUCCGGAGCAGUGAUCCAUCUCGUCUGGUCUACAUCGAUAAUGCCGGCAACCUUCAGCAUCCUGAGCACAAGCUGAACUUCCGGCUGCUGGAGGGCAUCAACGGGUUUCCCGAGUCUGCUGUGAAGGUUCUGGCUUCAGGGUGUCUACAGAAUAUGCUGCUCAAGUCGCUGCAGAUGGACCCGGUGUUCUGGAAAAGCCAAGGCGGGCGACAGGGGCUGCAGCAGGUCCUCCAGACCCUGGAGCAACGAGGACAGGUCUUGCUGGGCCACAUCCGGACACAUAACCUGACACUUUUCAGGGACGAGGGCCCGUGAGCCCCCCACUGCCCAGGUGGGACUCUCUCCUUGCUGGGAGGGCAGGGUGCCUCACAACACAACCUGAGUGGAUGAGCACCCGUCCUCUCGGCCACGUUUUCUUGGGUUCACCCAUAUUGAAGACAGAAGGUAAAGCCAGAAGCCAGAAGGGCACCAUGGAUGCCACGGGAUGUGUCACCUGCUUGGGAUGGUGGAGGUGAUGGGUGCUGGGUUUUCAAUCUCAUCACAUUCCUUUCUGCCUGCUUAGCUCUGGCUAUUUAUUCCCUUGCACCAAUAAAUACAUUCAAGAAUGUUCUG